AUGUAUACACAUUACCACAUAUGGAACUCGUCACUGACGUCAGUCAAAUCAUUCAAUUCGCCGAUUGCCAAAAAAGUCGUCGCCAGCUUCUCCGAUGAAAUCCCAGAGAUGGAGGUGGUGAAUGGACUAAAGGCCCCAGAAUCGGCUGACCGCAUUCGGAAGGUCGUGCUCAAGGCGCCGAGGCUGCGGACGGCUAAGCGAUAUGUAGUCGAAACAGCUUCUUCCUCGUCGGCUUCUUCUGAUGAUGAGGCUUCUGAUUCUCAGUCGCAUUCGGUCAUCCGAAAGACGAAG